AUUUUAUAUAAAAUUGCUGCAUAAUUGAAACCUCAUCUAAAUAAAAUGCAUUACAUAAUUGUUACGGAGUUUGAAACCCCUAGUGAAACUUCGUGUAGGAUAAAGGGAUUACUUUCAACGGAUGCUAAAAAUUUGGAAACACACAUGUUGGGUCGUCAUAUAAAUUGCAGUAAUAUGGAAGGCUUCUUUGAAGUCGACAUUUCAGGCGACCAAGUCUUACAGAUUUUAGGUGGAUUCAAUUACAGUGUCAUCAGUCAGUCAAUGGCUAUUGAAACUACUGCGAUUGGAGGAGGAACCGUAAAAAUUCAAAAAUUGGUUUGGACAAUGGGUAAAUAAUAGAUAAAGUGUAACAAUUAAAACGAUUUUAUUAAAUAAAAUUAUAUUUAUAAAAAAUAUUUAAUUUCCAUUUUCAAGUGUCAAUUCGCUCUGACAAUCACUUGGUACCCUAUCUGUAAAUAGUUCUGGAAUCUAAAAAUUAAAUUUAUAAUU